AUGGUCAGGGGAGCCCUGUGGCGCCUGCACCUCCAGAAGACGAACAAGUAUGCGGCCUACGCGCAGGCCCACCUGCGCGGCUUCACCACCAGGAGACUCAUCGAGAAGAUGAGGUCGGCCGUGGUGAUGAUUCAGCGCAACUGGCGCCGCUUCCAGGCGCAGCUUAAUAUCAAACUGCUGCUGUACGAGAAGCUGGAGGAGAUCCGCGUCAGGCGCAAAGAGAUCUUGAGGGACAAGCUCGAGGAGGCGGCAGCUUGCGUCAUCCAGAGCAACUACCGUCGGCACCGCGAGUACCAGACGGUGAUCUUCAUGAAGCGCGAGAAGGGUGAGGCCGACAAGAGGACGAGCACCAUGCUCGUCGCCCUCUGGAGCGCGGCGGCCAACAUGCGGCACUACAUCCACCCCUGGUGGCGGCACCUGCCCGAGGACAUCCAGGAAGUCCUCCAGCAGAUCAAGGGCUCCCUCCAGCGCACAAUCGCGCUCAUGCCAGUUUCCGGCAAGCUGGCCAGCGAAGAGCUCGGCAGGAGGGGCCUCCGCGUGUCGGGGGCCGAGCACCUGCGGUACGACCAGGCCGGCAAGGACCCAGACCUCGCCUCGCACAUGCUGCUGUCCGUCACGCGGCACCUCCUGUCGCACGUGCCAGCCGAGUUCUUCGCUCCAACUGUCAAAUGGGCGUGCUACGCCCUGGGCCACCAGGCGGUGCAGCUCGGCGGCGCCCCGGGGUACUUUGCGAAG